GCUGGGCCGCUGUCUGCUUUGGAAGUGCAAUGGGAUCGCGCAGUCGUCAAUCAGGAGGACGAUUAAGGAAGUAGAAUUGAUGGGUCGGUGGGAGAGAUAAGUGGACCCGGCUCUUGCCAGGGGACGAAAGCGAUUAUUGAAGCGGGGAGGAGUCGAAGAGGAGGUUUUUUUGUCUUGAUCUGCCGGACCAGAUCUGAUCCUGCCGGUGUGCUGCGCUCGGAUUCACGAUGCGGACGACGAGGAUGGAGCUAGUGAUCAGCUACGACAUCGGCCAAUAGCGUGGUACAGAUGUGUGAGAGAAGCGCCACCAAACAACACAGGUCCCAGCAGUGCAACCAUGUGCCCCACGCUCGCUUUUCCAUCCAUGCGCGCCGGCUCCGAACCCAUCGCCUCCUCGCGCGUCGUCCCCCCUCCACUCAUAGUGCCCUGCUCGAUGCUGCACCUCUUCAUUCCAAGCCUGCACACAUUAUUAGUGAUUCGUCUUGGCUCAGUUUUCUCACUUGAGUAGCCUGUCUGCUGUUGCGUUACUCAGAACCACCUGGUCUUGUGGGGUUCAAGUGAGGAGAUACAAGCUGCGUUUGCUUGUUGUCGAGGUAUAUUUAGUGUAGUGUGGAGUUCUCAAACGUGGAUUCUUAAGCUUGGAGAGGCCCGUUAUUUUUUAUUUAUUUAUUUAUUUAUUUUUCCUCCUUCCAGGGGAUCGUGUUGAGAUGGCUACAGCACCAUCUGCUGGUACUGAGGCCAUUGCGCCCACUCAUGAAGUCGCAGCUCCUACGCCCGCCGCUGAGACUGCCGUAAUACCCGUCGAAGCGAAGAAGGCAGAGGAGCCCGCAACUGAACCCGGCACUAUAAUUCACAUGGAGAAGGCUACUCAGAAAAUUGAGCAUGAUAAGUUGGUAUCCAAUGUCGCGGCGUGGGAGCAAAAUCAGAGAGAGAAGAUUGAGAGCAGAACGCACAGAGAGGAAGAAAAGAUUACAGCAGAAGAGACGACGAUGAAGAAGAAAGCCGAAGCUCGUCUCAGGCAGAAGGAGGAGAAGCUCGAAAAGCUAAGGGCAAAAUAUCAGGAAGCGAUGAAGAACGAAGUUGCUGCUGCUCAUAAGGUCGCUGAGGAGAAGAGAGCCAUGGUAGCAGCCAAGAAGGGUAUGGACAUUCUCAAGACUGAAGAGACUGCGGCCAAGAUCAGGGCGACAGGAAAAUUCCCUGUAAAAUUCGGAUGUUUUGCUGCGUAAAAUUUCUUCGUGGCUUCUCUCUUCACACCUAAAUUUUUGUCUUUUUCCAAUCGAUGGUGGGUACCCAGUAAUAGGAGCCCAUUUUGGAAGAAGUCACCAGCGAGCGCUACGUCACGAGACAUAAUAUCUUUUCAUUGACGACAAGGAGAAUACAGAGCCUUGAUGUAAUUGUAAACUAGUAUGUUAAAACAUUUAGUGCGGUCUAGUGUAGGGUUGGGGUUAACCAUUUGCUUCCGUUUACCUCUUAGCGUAUGAAAUUCUUAAGUAUGGUCGUCAUUCUCGCAUGAUCUCAUGAUCAAGCGACUUCGUGGGUCUCUUUGUUGUAAAGAGUGAGUGUCGGCGUUACAGAUGUAAAACAACUUCGUGCAAAUCAAUAAACAAUUCGACCAGGUAUUUCUUUUGUAGAAA